AUUUCCGAGCUCGGUGGUGUAUUUCAACGGCUAGCCGCGGUCACACUGAAGCAAAAACAUUUUUGGCUCGGAGAACGAUUAACACAAGCGGACUGAAAUUUUUUUGUUUUAGUGUUGCGAAAAAGUUUGUGGGAUUUUUAUAAAAUCGCCGGAAAAUGUGAAAAAUAUAUGUUAAUGUGUAAUGCUAGAGCGGCAAACGUCGGCAGCAGCAGCAGCAGCGUCAGCAGCAACAACAAAAUCAGCAUCGACAAAAACAACAGCAGCGCGCCAGCAACAGAAACAAACCGAAACACAACAAACCCAACAACAACAGCCAACAAUGUGAAUUGCUUUUUUUUCCUUAUUAAUUGUAAACGAUAACCGAAUCAAGUGCAAUCAAAAUUAAACACAAACAUAUAUAAUAUAUGGUCAAAAUAUCUAUAUAUAUAUAUAUAUAUAUAUUUAUUUAUGUGUAACAAAAAGCCGCCAAAAACAAAUCACGUAAAAUAUGUAAGAUAGCGGAAAAAAGGCAGAAAGAAAAGGAAGAGAAAGAGGAGAGAGCCAAAGCAAGAACCGUUAUUUUUCUCUCAGUGGAGGCAGGCAGGCAACAACAGACAAACAAACAAACAAUAACAAGAGCCGCCCAGCCAAGGUCAACUUUUGGUGUUUUUGGGGCCCAACAACACAAAAUGCACGCGUGUGUCUGCUGCUGUUCGACAAACAACAAUUGCAACAACAAGAACAACGACGGCAGCAGCAGCAGCAGUAACCACAACAACGACGACAGCAGAAUCAGCAGCAGCAACAACAACAAAUUGCAGCUAAGAAAGCGCAGGACAGAAGUUGAAGAAGAAGAAGAAGAGGUACUGGUCAAGUGGACGCAGGAUAAGAACAAGCAUCAAGAGGAGCAGAAGGAGCACCAGGCGGUGGAAAAGUUGUCUGCUGGCCAAAGCGCCAGUGGCGGCGACAACGAUCUCAACGGCGCCGCAACGAGAAGGCGGUGGUGGCUGCGCGAUCCUCCAGGAUCAGCGGAAGCGGCAGAAGGAGAGAGAAAAGGCGAAGGAGUGGAAGUGGGUGUGGGUGUGGGAGCAGCAGGAUCAGCGGGCACAGGUCCGACGACGUGGUGGUGGUCAGCUCCAUCCGUUGACGUUGCGGUGACGAUAGCGCCGGCUACGUUGUUGCUGUCGUUGCAGCGGCAAUUAGCAAAGGAAUUAUCUAAACCAACAAGAACAACUGCAACAAGAACAACAACAGAAGCCACAUCCCUAACAAUAAAAAGCGGAACAGCAGCGUUAAUAUCAUCAUUAAGUGCAAGCAUCGCCAACAUCAUCGAUUACAAGAUCCCAAAACACCAACAAUACCAAAACCAAUUCCCAAUCCUCGCCAGCCACGCCUUUUGAGUGCCUCUUUGUGUGUUGUGUAUUGUGCGUGCAUGCGUGUGUUGCAAAGUGUCCAAACUAAUCAAGAAAUCUACAACUUAAAACACUAAACACUUAACCAAUCAAACAACCUGUGCAACAAUUGUCAAAGUGCUAGGUGACAAAAGAUUAAGAUUUGACAAGUUCCAAUAACGAAAAAAUCAGUACACAAUCGAGCUCCAACAUAGACGGAGCUCGGAGACGAAAAAAAGU